AUGCGAGCCUUUAGGGCUCGGCUGCAGGAAGUGUCAAAGGACCUGGAGGCUCAACGUAGCCGAAAGGGCGAACACUCCACGGAGCAGCAAGCACAUCAUCGCCGAGUUGUUGCUGAGCUGCACAAGACCCAGGAGCUGGCGCAGACCUUUGACAAGAAGAACCAGCAACUGACAGCCGAAAAUCAGAAGCUCCAGGAGAAGCUGCGGACCCGCGAAGAUGAUCGACAAGCGCUCUUGCGAGAGCUGGUUCUAUCGAGGACGGGUGAAUCGCGAGCAGAACCGGAGGCGCAGAGCUCCACCGAGACAGAGAAGCCUCGAAGGCGGAGCUACUCGCAGAGGCAAGUUGACCAAGCUCGGCUCCAGCAAACGCAUAACAAGCAGUAUGAGCGGGAGGUGGCACUGAGAGAAGCAGCGCUCAAGCUGAAGCGCAUGGUGGACUCCGAGCGCCGGACAGUCACUGCCUUGAAGCAGCAACAGGCUGAAAUGUUGCAGCAACGCACAGAGUUGGAAGUGUUGCUGCGACAGAGCCUAGACGAUGUCAAGGCAGAGGUCCUGCGGACGAGGGCUGUUGCCGAGGGCCAGGACGGUCGCUGGGGUCCGCGUGUCUGA